AUGCACCAAAACAGAAAAAAGAAAAAGCGAGUGAAUUACGGUGUAAGGGCAGUCGAAGUAUUGCGUGGAAUGAAGGGAUUUGGCUUUACGAUCUCGGGACAACAACCUUGCAUAUUGAGCUGCAUCGUUCCAGGAAGUCCAGCGGAUAUCGCUGGAUUACGAGCCGGCGAUUAUUUAGUAUCUGUUAAUGGCCACAAUGUUAGCAAACUGCCCCAUGACGAUGUUGUGCAAUUAAUUGGUCGUUCAAAGGGUAUUUUAAAGUUGCAAAUAGCUGAAAAUUAUUAUUCUGAUUCCUCUGACGAAGAAGGAGUAACAGCAGUACGCUGCAAGCCCAAAUAUAUUCAUAAACCUCGUGCAAGUAAUAUGGGAGCGCUACAAUUACAAUGUAGAGUUGCCAAAGUUGUGCGAGAUUUACAAAGUGGUGCUAUGUUUGAUGUAGCAGGAAAAACACCACCUGAAUUGCAAAACCAUGGAACUUACUGUAAUUUACAUUAUCACUGGGAUAUGUCUAGUCCUCUUCCACCACCACCACCGCCAGCAUCUCAUAAAAGAGAUUCUGAGAAAAUAGUGCAUAGAACAGUUGUUGGUUACCUCGGAACUAUAGAUAUUCCAAAUCAAUUGCAUCCGUCUUGUAUGAUGCAGGUAUUGAGAAAAUGCAUCAAACGGUUGAAAGCUGAGAAAAGAAAUCCAACCACAGUAUUGUUAACAAUACAUGUAGCAAAUAUAAAACUCACCAAUUCAGAAAAUCGUGUUAUAGCAGAAUAUCCAUCCUAUAGAAUAAUAUUUUGUAAUUCCUUUUCUGAACAAGAUAAACAAUAUUUUGGGAUAUUAACUAAAUCUGUUAAAGAUAAAGAAAAUAUUGUUUCCAAUUCCUGCCAUGUUUUUACAAUAUACUAUAAAUUAAUUGAUCAUAUAGUACAUUCUAGUGUGUGCAAUAUAUUUGGUUUUACAUGCACCAAAACUUCUGAACUAAAUGUAUGUCAGGAAUUUCCAGACAGUUGCAAUGGUCUGAUUGGUGCUAUACAAACUUUGUACAUAUCAGAUUCAACAGCUACUGACACAAAUCCAUAUAAUGAAAUGAGGAGACAUCAAGAAACUGCUUCUCCGCAACCAAGCAAUAUAAGUACAUCAACAGCUCAUUCGAGUAAUAGUGAUUCCGGAAUUGGCUAUAAGGAUGAUUGUACAAGUCGAUCAGAUAAAAAUAUCGUACAAAAUAUUCCCCGAAGAAGAUGUCCAACUUUGGAAUAUAGGGAUGCGUGUGAAUAUUCGUCAAGAUCAUACGGUAACGAAGCUGUAGAUUUGAGAUUAACGGUACGAGCUGUAUCGAAAACAUGCUGGAACGAGACAAAUAAAUUGAGCAAAGAUAGUCUGGAAUUGCCUCGUGAAAGUGUGAUGUUUAAUGAUUUUUGCAAUGGCAUAAGUACGUGUUCGGAAGCGAUAGAAAAUUCCGACAUGAAUUCCGACAUACAAAAGGGAACGAAGAGGGGGGACUUGCCCACCUGUCCAUUGCCAUCUGCUUCAACAGUUAAGCAGGGGUUGCUUAGUUCGUCCGUUGGCUCUCUUGUGUCCGUUUGCACCACCGCAAUGCUGCACGGUUUAAAAGAUCCUGUUGAGACGCCCGGUGAUGCCGCAAUUAAGUCGCAAUCGCAAUUGUUGGCACUUACGAGACUAGCGGAAUCAAAAGAAAUCGACGUACCAGACAAGUUUAGCCCGAAAGUUUUUUCUGGUAUUUCCAAAUCUUUAGUGCAUAGUUUUGAAGACCUUAAUACAAGCAUGGAUUACGUUCGACCACUGUGCCAAACUUAUUCAGAUAAAUCGGAUAAUUCACGUCCUUGGGGAAGCUUGCAAGAAAUUAGAAACGUUGGGACCUGUGCGCAGAAUAUCUGUCUGCACGGUAGUACACAAUUAUGCGAUAAGAAUACCGAUUGUAAAAACAUACAUGCAUGGGCCAAUGGUUUUGAAAAAUUACUAGAAGAUCCAAAAGGUUUACAAACAUUUGCGGAGUUUCUAAAAAAAGAAUUUAGCCAUGAAAAUAUCUACUUUUGGGCUGCUUGUGAGAGAUACAAAGAUACUAAAGAUGUUACUACAAGACGUAAGUUGGCAAAUCAAAUUUACCAACGUCAUUUGUCUACUACAGCAGCUGAACCUGUAAACGUUGAUAGCCAUGCAACUGGCCAAAUAACGCAAGAACUUCUUAGUGAAGCACCUGCUGACCUUUUCUUACAGUUUGUAUUUUAUUUUCAGGCUCAAAAACAGGUUUUUAAUCUAAUGAAGUUUGAUAGUUAUCCGAGAUUUUUAAGAUCUGAUUUAUAUCGUCGUUGUGUAGAAACAGGAAAUUCCAUAACUGGAGUAGAAGAUUGUGAUUUAAAUCUUACCAGUUCUCCUAGUGUAAAGCUAAAGAAGAGUCACUCAGAUGCAGAAGAUCGAUGUAGAAAAUCUAUUCUUCCAUGGAAUAGAAAAAACAGAUCUAAAUCAAAAGAUCGUGGGGAAUCUGAAUAUAAUAAAGGCCCUAAUAGAAAUGAGACCAUAUAUAAGAGCUUUACAACUAUGAAAAGAGAAGCAGAAGGUAAUAACAACGACGACAGUAUUUCUAUAUCUAGCAGCAGGUCUUCAUUAGCAUCAUGGGAUUUGGCAUUAAGACAAUCAUUCCACAAACAUUCUUUAUCGUCCUACGAAGGACAGUCGAAUGAAACGAAAGAAGUUCGUGCCAAAUGUACCGGGUUAUGUCGGGUAAUAUUACCCGAUGGAUCGACUACGGUUGUGCCAACUAGCCAAAUGGAGAGUAUUAAAGAUGUGGUUACACGCCUCCUUGAUAAAAGAGCUCUUCGAUAUUCUAACUAUGACGUUCUAAUCCUUGCUACAGAUGAGACUAUAGAUACAAAAUAUCCAUCAUCGGUACUGGCUGGUCAAGAAGUGGAAGUUGUACCAACGAAAAUACUGAAAGUCGAUCUACCUUCCCGUCGAGUAAUAACUGUGAUUGCACAUAAAGGCAGAACUCUUAAAGAUGUACUAAGGCCACUUCUAAAUAAGUAUGGUUUUAAUUUAGAAACUAUUACUGUAUGGAGUGAAAACCACCGUGUUUGUACGGAUGUACAGGCUAUUGAUGCUCCUGCGAGGCUAAUUUUGACCAACAUAAAGGAUCAAGAUCCACAGAAAGAAUUAACCACAGUUAAAUACACUCAUGAUGGAUCAAAUUCUCAAUCCACUCUAGACGAAAUCACAAAUAGAGUAUUUGAAGAGCUUUUGGUGGGCAAAGGCGCGAGUAAAUAUCAUUACAAUGAUGGUUCAUGUAAGUCCGACGAUCAACGUUCUGAGGGUUCCUCUAUCUUGCCGAGUAAAUUUUUUCUUCGAGAUUCUACAAUGCAUGGAAAAAAGAAGGGAGGGAAGCCUAAAUGUAAUAUGAACGAAAAAAGCAAUGCGAACGAUUAUGUCUCCGAAGAAACUGCCAAAUCUCAUCCUCCUUUAAUAGCAAAAUGGCGGAACGGGGUAAAACUGCAAUUACCGGGAAAAUUCGACGGCGAAGAUUUAUACGAAGGUUUAAAACGCGCACAAAGAUCUAGAUUAGAAGAUCAGAGAGGCACAGAGAUCAAUUUUGAAUUGCCAGACUUUUUAAAGAACAAGGAAAAUGGUAAGCCGACGGAUCGCAACAAAGUUCGAAGACCUAGGAUAAUAUCUACCAAUUGCGAAGCAAAUGCCAAGUUUUACAGUUCGAUUCACGAACGGCAAAACUGUGGCGGACAUGAUCAAAAUACGACAACAACAGCAACACCUAUAACAACAACAUCAACCGCAACGACGACAUUGGCUUCAGCAAAGAAUGGAGAUCUUGAUAAACGAUUCCAUGUAUUGGCUACUGGAAAGGAAUUGCAGAGUAAGUCAUCAGAUAGUUCGUUCAUAUUAGAUACAACUUUGACGGACGGAGAUCGGACCGUUGUAGAGAAUGGAUCUUGCUCCCGAAAUACUGCUUUGGAUUCUUUCGAUACUCAAGUCAACUCGUUAAGUGUAAUGAAAUCAUCGAAACCUCCACCCCUUCCGCCGAAGCCAAAAAAUCUUGUAACAUGCGCAACAAAAAGUGGGUAUAUCAUGUCUUCGAAAUCUUUACCAAAGUCAAAUUGUGCCGUUUCUUUAAGUCCAACCGAAUUUACUCGGAAAAAUAUUUUAUAACGUAUUGCAUUAGGGAAACGACAUUCACAUAUUUUUGUAUCUAGAAUACAUAAAAUAUACCACAAAAUGAGCGAAAGUGCUUUCUAAUCAAUUUUGUAUGUAUCAUAUGCAUUGCUACAUAUUUGAGGCAAAAUGGUAAUAAGGCGAAAAAGUUUGUAUUUGUAGUAUUAUUCAGAACUUAUUACCAUUACGAUUACGAUCUUGUAUCAUACCACUUCGCCUCGAUCGGUGGUAAGGUGCCCGAUCCUCAAAGAUGCCUUUAUUCUAACGAUAUUCACAACGUAUUUUUAAUCAUAAAAAAAAUUUUAGUCUAAACUUAUUUAUGAUGUUUUUACAGUACAGCUGUUACUCUCCUGGUUAUACAGGACAUAUAUUUUAUUAUUGUAAUUUAUAGCGAAUGAAUAUUGUUAUACGUAAACGAUGGAAAAAAUAUUUGAGAUUUUAUGCACAUUAAAUAAAUUAUAUAAACUUUGUUUUAUAGAA